AUGGUCAGAGGCCGUGUUUCUGCACACUUGAAGCCCUACAAAGACUGGAAUAUGAAUAUGCAUACCGGAAAGGUAGACUUAGAGACCUCGCUUCGCGUCAAAGCAACCGGCGGCCCUCUGGAAGAACUGCUCUGCCAAGAGACCUGGGAAAGAGCGGGUUUGGACUCGUGGCUACGUGCCACUAAACACACCGUGGGCCCGGUUGUGGUGUAUCGCGUUCUCGGGUCGAGUGCAGAACUAGUUAUAUUGGCAAUGAUGCAUGUGUCGUGGUUUUGCGUCUGGUCUAUUGCCAUGGUAGUUGACAUUGGCGUCAUUUCUGCAAGUACAAGCACCAACAGCGCAACUGCUCCCUGGAAGCAUUUCGGCACCACGGCACCAUACUUAGCGCAACAGAGUGAGACAGCUUGGGAGAGGCGUCAGCGCUGGAUCAUGAGUGCUAAUUCGCUUUUUUUUGUUGCCCCAGGUAGCAAAGAUGUAGACGAAAAGGACGUUUCCAAGCAUCUAAUGGCGACCAGCUUCAUCGUUAGUUUCUCCUUCUGUUGCCUUUCCGAUACGAUGCGCUCAAUUUACAAACAGCUCGGCCAAGGCGAGACUAUCCGAGUCUUGAAAAUAGCUAGGUCCGUCGCCCAGACUGAUCAGCUGUACGGAAGCUUGCAAGUCGUCAAGUUACAAGAGCGGCCAAAAUACCAAGCUUUGUCCUACGUUUGGGGACCUAGAGGGCAGCAUGAUCCAAUUGUACUGAUUGAUAAUUGUCCUUUUCAAAUCAGUACAUCUUUAUUUCAAGCGUUUUUAAAGCUCACAAUCGGUGCCUCACCAGUCACUCUAUGGGUUGAUCAGAUCUGUAUCAACCAACUGGACAAUGCCGAAAAGCAGCAGCAAGUUCGACUGAUGUCUAGGAUAUAUCAGCAGGCCGACCAAGUUAUAUGUUGGCUUGGCGUUCAAGAAAACAACAGCGAUAUUGCUUUCAAGCUCCUCCGCAUUCUUAAUCUUAGCGAUGGGAUGUAUGAAGCCUACAACGACCUGGUGGCCGGAGGGUAUGCGCGAAGCCCCGCCGAUCUCUUCAGUCCAUCAAAUACACUUGGUAAAGCAGUAGCUUUACUUUUUCAGAGAUCCUGGUUCGAAAGACUGUGGAUCGUGCAAGAAGUAGCCCUAGCGAAUCGUGUUUUGGUACACUGCGGUGCAUGCUCCAUGGAAGGGCAGCUAUAA